AUGCCAGGCAAUGGGAGUUCCGAGGCGGGAUGCAGCAGGGCAGCGACACGCAGCUACUCCAACACCACCUGCAGCCAGACGGAGCUGUCCAUCACCGCCUCUGCCAUUUCCAUGACCGUGGGCAUCAUCUCCAACAUCCUGGCUCUCUGCAUCUUGGUCAAAGCCUACCGCCGCUUCCGCCUCAAAUCCAAGGCCUCCUUCCUGCUGUUCGCCAGCGGCCUGGUGGGCACCGACCUCCUGGGCCACCUCAUUAACGGCUCCCUGGUGCUGUACGUCUACGCUUGCAACAGGAAGUGGGAGACCUUUGACCCGCACCACAUCCUGUGCGGUCUCUUUGGGGUGUCCAUGGUGUUUUUUGGUCUGAGCCCCCUGCUCCUGGGCAGCCUCAUGGCGGUGGAACGCUGCAUUGGUAUCACCAGGCCCCUGUUCCACUCCACAGUCCUGGCCGCCCACCACAUGAAGAGGUUGCUGGGGAUGACCUGGCUGCUAGCUGCCCUGGUGGCCCUGCUACCUGUGCUGCUGUGGAGACCCUACCAGGUGCAGCGCUCCCAGAGCUGGUGUUUCUUCCGCGUGGAGGGGCCCCGCGACUGGCUGAACGUGGUGCUCCCACUGAUCUUCUCCACGCUGGGCCUCCUGGCACUGCUGGUGUCCAUUGUGUGCAACACCUUGACCAGCUGCACCCUACUGCAGUCCAAGCUGCGCUGCCACCGCCAACGUCGCCGCAAGGACACCUCCCACCACUUUGAGAUGAUCUGCCAGCUCUUGACCAUCAUGCUUGUGUCCUGUGUGUGCUGGGGCCCUUUAUUGGUUAACGUCAUCAUACUGAGCACCCAGGUCCAGGGCGAGCGUGCGUUUGCCCGCCUGCUGCUGGCAGUCCGCAUGGCCACCUGGAACCAGAUCCUGGACCCCUGGGUCUACAUCCUCCUGAGGAAGGCCGUCCUCAAGAAGCUCUUCCUGCUGGUGCACAGCUGCUGGGGCACCAAGUCCCACUCCCACCCCCACACCCUUAACCACUGGAAGUGCAGCCCAGUGAAGGGCUCUGGGGAGACCAGCGGCACCUCCAUCAGCACUAAGCCAGACUUCUUCUCUUUGGAUAGAAAUGUUAACGUCAUCAUACUGAGCACCCAGGUCCAGGGCGAGCGUGCGUUUGCCCGCCUGCUGCUGGCAGUCCGCAUGGCCACCUGGAACCAGAUCCUGGACCCCUGGGUCUACAUCCUCCUGAGGAAGGCCGUCCUCAAGAAGCUCUUCCUGCUGGUGCACAGCUGCUGGGGCACCAAGUCCCACUCCCACCCCCACACCCUUAACCACUAG